CGCACUCUCACCAGCUCGCACUCCCACCAGCUCCCACUCCCACUCCCAGACGCCACACCACCUUACCAAUUACCAUCGCCGCGCCGCCCAACUCUCCUCGCCUCUGCCCCACACAUUUCUCGCAGGCCACCUGAAUCCACCGCUAGCAGCUGCGCUUCCACCACUGCUCCGGCUCCGGCGAGGCGGCCGGCGGAGUGCAGAUGGCGGCGGCUCUCGGCGCGGCGGCCACGCUGCUCGGCAAGGUGUUCACGAUGCUGUCCGCGGUCCCGGUGGCGGCAUACGUGGACAGCCUUCAGCUCGGCCACAACUCGGAGCAGAUCAAGGACAAGCUGCUGGACACGCAAGGCCUGCUGCACAACGCCCAGGCCCAGGCCGAGGGGAGCCACAACCCUGGCCUGCACGGGUUGCUGGAGAAGCUGAGCAGGGACGCCGACCAGGCAGAGGACUUGCUGGAUGAGGUCCACUACUUUCAGAUCCAUGACAAGCUCCACGGCACCAGCUACGCCACCACCCAAGAGGCCGGCCAUCAAGCUCUCCACGCCUGUACUGCUCUUCGCCACACCCUUGGCAGCUUGGUACAGUGCUUUUCUUGCUCGCCUACACCUAAGAACAAAAGGGAUGAUAGUGAUGCUGCUGCUGCUGUUGCCGGUGCACCACGCCACGUCACCACCACCCUAGGCAGCUUGCUCCACUGCUUUUCUUGCUCCCCCUGUACACCCAACAGGAAUGGUGGUGGUGAUGCUGCUUCUGCUGCUGCUGAUGCCGGCCUCACCAACUCCAACUCUGCUAGUGCUAGUGCUGAUGGUGAUGAUAUGCUGCAUUUCGACAGAGUGUCCGUAUCCAGCAAAAUCAAGUCCCUGUUACAGGCCAUGCAGUCCCACUGUGAUUCCGUCUCCAAUUUGCUCAUCGGCACUAUCCCAAGCAGCAGCACGCCAGUCGUCCUACGUCGGCCUCAGACUGCUUCCAUGAUUAUACAAAAUACGUUGUAUGGCAGGAGAACCAUUUUUGAGGAAACUGUCAACCGUAUCACUACUGCCAUACAGACUGUUUCUGUUCUUCCUAUAGUUGGUCCUGGGGGUAUUGGGAAGACAACUUUCACCACUCACCUCUACAAUGAUGCAAGGACUCAAGAACACUUCCAAGUCAAGGUCUGGGUAUGUGUAUCCACUGAUUUCGAUGUGCUUAAGCUCACCAGGGAGAUCCUUGGCUGCAUACCUGCAACUGAAGAAGAAGGAAGCAGCAGUGUUGCAAAUGAAACAGCCAAUUUAGACCAGCUUCAGAAAUCCAUAGCAGAACGUCUCAAGUCCAAGAGGUUUCUAAUUGUCUUGGAUGAUAUAUGGAAAUGUGACAGCCAGGAUCAAUGGAAAACCCUGUUAGCUCCGUUCACAAAGGGGGGAGCCAAAGGAAGCAUGCUACUUGUCACAACUCGAUUCCCAAAGGUAGCAGACAUGGUGAAAACAGUUGAUCCACUGGAGCUGCGAGGUUUGGAGUCUAAUGACUUCUUCACAUUCUUUGAAACAUGUAUAUUUGGUGAAGAAGAAAAGCCCAAGCAUUACCAAGAUGAGUUUGCUGGUAUUGCACGAAAAAUUGCAAACAAGCUAAAGGGUUCCCCGCUAGCAGCCAAAACAGUUGGUAAGCUAUUGCAUAAGCACCUUUCUCAGGAACAUUGGAAUGGAGUUCUUGAAAAGCAUCAGUGGCUAAAGCAGCAAGAUAAUGAUGAUAUCAUGCCAUCUUUAAGGAUUAGUUACAAUUGCCUCCCUUUUGAUUUGAAGAAAUGCUUUUCCUGUUGUGGCCUUUUCCCUGAAGAUCAUGAAUUUGCUGCUUCAGAAAUCAAUCAUUUCUGGGUUGCAAUAGGCAUCAUAGGCUCUGGUCACCCAGCCGAUAGGAAUUACUUGGAAGAACUAGUGGACAGUGGUUUUCUCAUGAAGAAAUUCGGUGAUCAUGGUGAUCGAUUCUGGUAUGUAAUGCAUGAUUUAAUGCAUGAGCUAUCUAAGAGUGUUUCUGCACAAGAAUGCCUCAAUAUAAGUGGCUUAGAUUUCAGAGCUGAUGCCGUCCCACAAUCUGUUCGGCACUUAUCCAUCAACAUAGAAGACAGAUAUGAUGCAAAUUUUGAGGAAGAAAUGUGUAAACUAAGGGAGAGGAUAGACAUUGCUAAUCUGCGGACUUUGAUGAUUUUUAGAAGAUAUGAAGAAGAAAGAAUUGCCAAGAUUUUGAAAGAUAGCUUCAAGGAAAUAAAUAGUCUGCGUGUCCUAUUUAUAGAGGUGAAGUCUGCACAAUGUUUUCCAUAUAAGUUUUCAAAACUUAUCCACCUCCAGUACCUCAAAAUUACUUCAUCUUAUUUCCGUGACAAUGAAAUGAGGUUACCUAGUACACUGUCAAGAUUUUAUCACUUGAAAUUCUUGGACCUAGAUGGUUGGCGUGGUCGUUCUGAUUUGCCUGAAGACUUUAGCCACCUUGAGAAUUUACAUGAUUUCUGUGCUAGAAGAGAACUCCACACCAAUAUUCGCAAUGUUGGAAAGAUGAAGCAUCUACAGAGGCUAAAAGAAUUCCAUGUUAAGAAGGAGAGCAUGGGAUUUGAACUGAAAGAACUUGGGGCAUUGACAGAGCUCAAAGGAGCACUGAUUAUACGAGGUCUUGAACACGUGGCAACCAAGGAGGAAGUCGCUGCAGCCAAACUCCUGUUGAAAAGGAAUCUCAAGGAGUUGGAAUUAGUAUGGGACAAAGAUCAACCAACUACAGAUGCUGAUCAUCUUGAUGCUCUUCAACCACACUCUAAUCUUAGAGUACUUACAGUUGCAAAUUAUGGUGGUACCGUUGGUCCUCGUUGGCUGUGUCUUGACAUGUGGUUAACAAGCUUAGAGAGACUCGCUCUAGAAGGAGUAUCUUGGAGCACCCUCCCACCUUUUGGGAAGCUACCAAAUCUCAAGGGACUCAAACUGAAGAAAUUUUUUGGAAUUCAUCAGUUUGGGCCUCGAUGUGGUGGCGCUCCAGGCAAAUGUUUUAUGCGCUUGAAGACAAUUGAGUUUUACGAGAUGCCAGAACUUGCUGGAUGGGUUGUGGAACCUAAUUGUUGUUCCUUUCCAAGUCUUGAAGAAAUCAUAUGCAUCGAUUGUCCCAAUCUCUGUGUGAUGCCCUUGUCGGAGGUAUGCUGCACCAAUUUGCGCAGACUUGAAGUUUCUGGGUGCCUCAAGAUGUCUCUGCCCUCCAUGCCUCACACCUCCACACUCACAGAUUUGGUUGUCAAAAGAGAUGGAACGUUGCCUUCAGAAAAGUUAUUGUCUUAUGAUGGAAAGAAAUUGGUUGUUAGUGGGUAUCGCGGUGCUUUGGCCUCCCACAAUCUGGAUAAAGUAGAAGAUAUGACCAUUGGAAGAUGCGACGGUUUGUUCCCUGAAGAGUUGGAUGGCAGUUUUGUCUUCAGUUCAGUUAAGAGUCUCAAAUUAGAUGUAUCUCAUUUUGCCAGGAAAUCAUCAUCAUCAAAAGUGUUAAACUGUUUCCCAGCUAUUUCUGUGUUGAUGAUAAAUGGAGAUGGAGACCAUGACUAUGAGGAAUGUGUAAUGCAGUUCCCAGCAUCCCGCUCACUGCAGGAACUUACCUUCGAGGGCUGUAAGGGACUGGUUCUUGUGCCUGUGGAGAAAGAGAAUGCAGGAGGAAUUCAGGAGGACAAGUCAUUGCUCCAAUCAUUAAGAAUAUGGAGCUGUGGAAAAUUGUUCUCUCAGUGGCCCAUGGGAGAAUCAGAGACCAUUUGCCCUUUCCCUGCUUCCCUGAGGAUACUUGAUGUUCGGCACGAGGCAAGCAUGAAGUCAAUGGCUCUGAUCUCAAACCUCACGUCUCUCACCACUCUAGAGCUACACUGUUGCGGUAAUUUAACAAUAGACGGAUUCAAUCUUCUCAUCACAGUCAACCUCGAACAACUGCUAGCUACCAGCUACAACGCCUUAGCAGCAGAUAUGCUCUCAGAGGUGGCCUCUCAGAGAGCCAAAUUAUUGCCUGCAGGUUACAUCUCUAGAUUGAAGGUACUCACCAUGCAAGGCAUCUGUGGAUUGCUUGUUGCUCCUAUUUGCCACCUUCUAGCCCCGGCCCUCCACAGACUUACAUUCAUAGGAGAUCAGGGGAUGGAAAGCUUCACAGAAGAGCAAGAGAAAGCUCUGCAGCUCCUCACCUCCCUCCAGUCACUAUCAUUUUUGUUCUGCGAGGGUCUGCAGUCUCUCCCUCAAGGGUUACAUCGCCUUUCUUCUCUCGAGUCGCUAUGUGUCCAUGCGUGUAAAGGAAUCCGAUCGCUACCCAAGGAGGGCCUCCCUGUUUCGCUGAGAAAACUCCAGAUGACAGAGUGGCGUCGCAGCGCUGAGAUAGUGGAGCAAAUUGUGAAAAUCAAAAGAACCAACCCAGAUUUAUACGUCUUUUGAAGAUACAAGUUGUUAAAGCUGCACAUUAAUCAGCAGGUGCGAGAUACAACCAACCGACUCGUCAUUCUGCAACACAACGCUAGCUGUUAACUCUUCAUUCUGCUACAUGAUCGAUAUUUCUCUGCAAGUCAAAUCUGCCGGUUACGAGUACCGAAGCAACCUAUGCUAGCUGGGGCAGAGUACUGAAGUCUGAAGCUAUUGUACCCAGCUACGUACGUACAGUCUUGCAGGGAGAUUGCAUGCAUACAGUCCCAGUAGUGAAUUUCACAGCAGAUUC